UCCUUUUUUUUUUUUUUUUUUUUCAUCUUUCUCCUCCUUUUUCCUAAUCAUCAUAUUCCCCCACAAAAAAAAAAAAGUAAAAAAAAUUUGUAUAGAAUUAGGACAAUGAUGAAAUUUAGUAUUGAGAAAUGAAGAAACUUCGUAAUGUCGAAUACAAAGAUCAUAAUGAACCCAAUACAAAGAGCUUCCGUCAGCUGUCUUUGCCGCUCUUCUUUUCAUUUUUCUGUGCCCUUCUCCUUUUUUAUUCGCAGUUUGUUCACGGAAAUGCAGAGACUGCAACCAAUUCUAGUGUUAAAGAUGAAGAGUUUCACAACUCCACUAAACCGUUUCUGGAAAGUGUAGAGAAAAGCUGCAAAACUGAAGUACUAUUGGAACUCAACAUAUCAGUGAAGAUUAAUGAUUCUUGUAGUCCUAAGGAUAACAAUGCAACCCCUGAGCAUUCCCUUCAGAGAAAAAGUGCAUUGGAGGAUGUAGUAUCAACUAUUUUAGGUUACAAUAUGCUGAUAUGUCAAAUGCAGCCACCGAUAGAUCAUAACAGGCGUAAUGAAGAUCGGCUACUAAAUGGAAGAACUCACUUGACCUAUCCGAAUCUUGAAGAAUUCAGAAACAUUACAAAGCAAGAAAAGAGAGGUAGCACAGCAAGUCAGUUAGUAAAUAUAACCCAUAGGCUUGAGCCUGACGGUACUCCUUACAAUUAUGCCUCGUCAUCCAAGGGUGCUAAAGUGGUGGCCCACAAUAAAGAAGCGAAAGGAUCAAACAACGUACUGAACAAGGAUCAUGAUAAGUAUCUCAGGAACCCUUGUUCUGUGGGUGGGAAAUUCUUCAUUAUUGAGCUUGCUGAUGAAACUCUAGUUGAUGCAGUCAAAAUUGCAAAUUUCGAGCAUUAUUCAUCUAUGCUUAAAGAAUUUGAGUUAUCUGGGAGUUUGGUAUAUCCAACUGAGACGUGGAAUCCGCUGGGGACUUUUGUUGCCGAAAAUGUCAAGCAUGCUCAGUGUUUUAAGCUGCCCGAACCAAAAUGGCUUAGAUACUUGAAGCUGAAUUUACUCACUCAUUAUGGUUCUGAAUUUUAUUGCACUAUAAGUUUUGUCGAGGUGUAUGGUAUUGAUGCAAUAGAGCAAAUGCUUGAGGAUCUUAUUGUAAGUUCCCCCGAACCUUCUGCUGAUAAAACAGAAAAUUUUAAUAAAACUGCUAUGCUGCCUAUGAUACCAGAUUCAAGUUCUGACUACCAUGAGACAAAGGGUGUCGUUCAAAAUGUGGUUGAGCCGACAAAUAAAGGGGUAGAAAGUUUUGAUGUAGAGCAAAGUUUUAAAUUGGAUGAAGCAAAGAAAGAAACCACUACCCCUGAUUUUACAACAAAACGUAGGAAGCAAUCAAAUGGAAGAACUCACGGGGAUGCAGUCCUGAAAAUACUGUUGCAGAAGGUGAGAGCGCUUGAGUUGAACUUAUCUGUCCUGGAGCAGUACAUUAAAGAGCUGAGCAAGAGGCAAGGUGACAUUUUGCCUGAGCUAGACAAAGAACUUUCUCAAAUUUCAGAACUUUUAGAGAAAAGCAAAUUGGAGAUCAAGGAUCUCCUGAUAUGGAAAGAUAAUAUGGAGAAAGAAAACAGUGAUCUUGAAUCUUGGAAAGAUUCUGUCUCCGCUCAAUUGGAUUUAUUGGUCAACGGAAAUCGCAUGCUAAGAUUAGACGUCGAAAAGGUUGUGAAUGACCAAGAGAGUUUGGAAAAGAAAGAGUUGGCUGUGUUUUCAAUCAGCUUAUCUUUUGCAUGUAUUGCAAUUCUUAAGUUAGUUUCAGAGAGAUUCCAAACAGCAUUUCAGACAGGCCGAGGUUGGACGUUGAUUCUUGUUAGCAGCAGCCUAACUGCAUUUGUCACAUUGCUAUAUAGCUAAUAUAUACUAACCACAUUACUAGAAAAUCUUAUACUUUUAGAAACUUGUUCACUUAUAGUGAAAAGCUUAACUGAUAAAGAAGUCAUUUAUAGAACUUUUGCCUUUGGAGAUCAUGGACUGUUGUACUUAAAGAUGCACUAAUAUUUACUAUUCGGUGAGCAAUAGUAAAGUUGUCUCUGUGUGACCUA